CGGUGCCGGUGCGGGCGGGGCCCCCGCGGGCUGCGGGCGGUGCCGGCCCCGCCGCGCUUAUAAAGGGGCUGCGCGGGCCGGGCCGGGCGCACAGCGGCGGCGGCGGGGGCAGCGGCAGCACCGGCAGCUCCACGAUGCCAGUGAGCUUCUCCACAGCCCUUCGCAUCAUCGGGACCAGCCUCUUCGCCUUGGUGGUGCUGGGGGGCAUCCUUGCUGCCUACGUCACGGGGUACCAGUUCAUCCACACGGAGAAGCACUACCUCUCCUUUGGGCUCUACGGGGCCAUCCUGGGGCUGCACCUCUUCAUCCAGAGCCUCUUUGCCUUCCUGGAGCACCGGCGCAUGCGGGGCGAGGGUCAGCCGGUGCGGCUGGGGCGCUCGGUGGCCCUCUGCAUCGCUGCCUACCAGGAGGAUCCCGACUACCUGAAGAAGUGCCUGCGCUCCGUCAAGCGCAUCGCCUUCCCGGACCUCAAAGUGGUGAUGGUGGUGGAUGGGAAUGGCCCCGAUGACACCUACAUGCUGGACAUCUUCCAUGACGUGAUGGGCUCCGAACGCUCGGGCAGCUACAUCUGGAGGAGCAACUUCCACGUGCGGGGCGAGGGGGAGACAGACGCCGGGCUGCGGGAAGGGCUCGCCCGUGUGCAGGCGCUGGUGCGCAGCACCACCUACUCCUGCAUCCUCCAGAAGUGGGGUGGGAAGCGAGAAGUGAUGUACACGGCCUUCCGGGCGCUUGGAGACUCCGUGGACUACAUCCAGGUGUGUGACUCAGACACGGUGCUGGACCCCGCCUGCACCGCCGAGAUGCUCCGCAUCCUGGAGGCCGACCCCCGCGUUGGCGGCGUCGGUGGUGACGUUCAGAUCCUGAACAAGUACGACUCGUGGAUCUCCUUCCUGAGCAGCGUGCGGUACUGGAUGGCCUUCAAUGUGGAGCGCGCCUGCCAGUCCUACUUUGGCUGCGUGCAGUGCAUCAGCGGCCCCCUGGGCAUGUACCGCAACGCUCUGCUGCAACAGUUCCUCGAAGACUGGUACCACCAGACCUUCCUGGGCAGCAAGUGCAGCUUUGGGGAUGACCGGCACCUCACCAACCGCGUGCUCAGCCUGGGCUACCAGACCAAGUACACGGCUCGUUCCAAGUGCCUGACGGAGACACCCACCCGCUACCUGCGCUGGCUCAACCAGCAGACUCGCUGGAGCAAGUCCUACUUUCGUGAGUGGCUCUACAACGCCCUGUGGUUCCACAAGCAUCACCUCUGGAUGACCUACGAGUCGGUGGUGACUGGUUUCUUCCCCUUCUUCCUCAUUGCCACCGUCAUCCAGCUCUUCUACCGUGGCCGCAUCUGGAACAUCCUCCUCUUCCUGCUGACGGUGCAGCUGGUGGGCAUCAUCAAGGCCACCUAUGCCUGCUUCCUGCGAGGUAACGCUGAGAUGAUCUUCAUGUCCCUCUAUGCCCUCCUCUACAUGUCCAGCCUACUGCCCGCCAAGAUGUUUGCCAUUGCCACCAUCAACAAGUCGGGCUGGGGCACAUCGGGGCGCCGGACCAUUGUGGUUAACUUUGUGGGGCUGCUGCCGGUGUCGGUGUGGGUGGCGGUGCUGCUGGGCGGGUUGGCCUACACCGCCUACAGCCAGGACCUCUUCAGUGAGACCGAGGUUGCCUUCCUCGUCUCGGGUGCCAUCCUCUAUGCCUGCUACUGGGUGGCCCUCCUCACCCUCUACUUGGCCAUCGUUGCCCGGCGCUGCGGCAAGCGGCAGGAGCAGUGCGGGCUGGCCUUUGCCGAGGUCUGACCGCGGGUUGUGCCAGAGUUGGGUGGUUGCUCCCAGUCCCCUCCUUGCCUACCCCAAGCCCUGGCACAGCCGGCACUGAGCCGUUGGGAGCUGGGCAGCGCUGAGCGCGCCCACCGCAGCAUUUCUGAUCAAGUCUUGCUAUUUUUGUUUUGUUGUUGCUUUGUUUUUGUUUUUCUCUUAUUUUCAUUUUUCUGUACAAAGCCAGCCGCUGGCCAGGGAGAAGCCGAGCUGGGCCUGCCCGGUGCCAGGCUGGGCGUGGCUCUGGGGGUGACAGCGCUGUCCCCUCAGUGCCGUACUGAGCAUCUCGGCGUGCUGUGCGGAGCGCUGCUGGCCAGGCUCCCUCCACCCCACCACUGCAGCUGGGUCCUCCACCCUUUGGUGCUUUAUACAGGGACUUCAUGGUCCUUUUCAUCAUGGUGCUAUGGCAAAACGGCCUCAUGCGGCACCAUCUCCGUCCGGCACCACUGGUUGGUGCUGCCUGCCCCUACCCCACGGCCGCUGUAUGUGCGGGCACGUACCCACAGGGUGCUCCCUCAGCCCCUUUCAGGGGGUUCCGGCUGCCCCAGGAGGGCAGCACCUCCCUUCAGCUUUGCCAAAGAGCCAAGGGGGGAACCCUGGCACGCAGAAGUGGGGAAAACCAGGGCUGUGGCUUGGCUGGAGUGUCACUGCAGCUGCGGUGACACUCCGGCCAAGCCACGGCCCAACCAUACCAAUCCUGCUGCUUUCCCAGCAUCUGUCUAGACAGCAGGGAGAUGCUGGGUUUUGAGCUCGGGCAUGCAGAAGAGAGCGGGGAAGAGCCAGUUCCCAGUCUUUCCCCUCCCUGGGGAAUUCACCAGGUCAUCUCCCCUGGGCCCUCUUUUUUUCAGGGCUUGAAAACCUUUCUACAAUCGAGCAUUUA